AUGAUUGGAAUGCUUCAGGUAACGUUCAAUAACAUGCAACAAGUCAAUUCGUCUCCGAACUGUCUCUCUCCGCCGAGCAUCUCCGCCGAGAUUUCGAAGGAUGCAUUGUUGGCGAUUACUCAGAAUGAGCGAUGCUCACGUAGUGCACAUUCAUCGCCAAGAUUCUCCGACAGCAAUAGGCGUCGCGAGUCCAUUCUUCAAAUGUUGAAUCGUAUAUGGAAAAGCGAUGAAUGCACAAAGAGGCCGUGUGUGCAGAAAUCGAAAACGUUGGAUGUGCCGGCUGAGCCGUUAUCACGCCAAUUGUCGCUUUCUGAGACCAACGUGAAUCCGAUCAGUCGAAGUGCGAAAUUGAAUCUGACACAAAAGCAGAAGAGAUUGCUCAAGACAUCGUUCGCUGCAAUGAAUUCUGGAGGAACUUUUCUGAAAUUAAUGGAGAAGAUUUUUCGACGAUUGGAGUCGAAAUGCCCAGAUAUGAGAUCAAUAUUUCUCACGACGGCUUUUGUCAAAGCUUUAAGCCGUGAGCGCUCAUCACCUCCCCUCGUCAAAACUGAGCAUGACCAUUGUAAGUGCAUGGUUAGCAUAUUCGAAAAGUUGAUCGACAAUUUGGAUAAUUUGCACGAGGAAUUAGCGAUUAUAAGAGUUUACGGCGAAAAACAUGCGCAGAUGGGUGAAAGUGGAUUUACCGGUACAAUGAUUGAGCAUUUCGGAGAGAUUGCUGUUUCUGUUAUUGGGGCGCAGGAUGUUGUUAAAUUCAAUCAUGAAUCUGUGAAAGCAUGGCGACUCUUAUUAGCAUGCAUCACUGAUGAUAUGAAGGUUGGUUUCGACCGAAUGACGAGAAUCAAAGGCCGACGGGGAAGUUUGAAAAUGAACGGAAGUGGUUAA